UGGGGUAUGCGAGUUUUAGUUCGGAGGUCUUAAUGGCUUAAGUUGGGAUGAGCAGAAAGAAGCGUGUCUUUCUGUUAGGGCUCUCCUUGGUCUAGAGAGUAGCCCACGGACGAGAUCAUCUAUUGCCCAAUGCACCGCUUAGCGCCUGGGUCAAAAGUCCUUCGGUUGCAGUCCUCUUGCAAGUUGCAGGCCGCGUGUGCAGAUUGUUUUGCCCUGUCCCUUUUUCCCUUUCUCUUUUUUCUUUUUUCUUUUUACUGUUUCCGAUUGAUCAACUUCCCAAAGAUGUUUAGGCGGCAGAUUUAUGCACCAUGCAAUUUACUGCCUAAUUUUCUCGGGGAAGCGAGUCAGCAACCUAUUAAUGCACCUUACCACUCCGUAUUCCUUGUGGUAUACGAUGUAGGCAGAGCUCACUUGCGGGCCGUGUACUUAAUAAGGGUAUACUGACACACACCGUAGGGGCCACCCACUUCUUCAAUUCCUAUGACUACAUCCCAAUUACUAUGACUACAAGAGUUCAAUUCCCAGGACGAUCUGGAGUUUUCUGUUAUACAUAGAAAUAAUCGACUUGGAGACUUGAUCUCCUUACUGUUCUAAUGUAACGCCCAG